UCCUGUUUCAUCAGUCGUUCUCUGAGUGUCGUCCGAUAAGGUUCAUUUUAUUUUUUGUGUGUUAAUUAGUGCGGCCGAACUGUUCUUUUUAAACAAACUGUUCUGUUCUAAGAAAAAAUGAAAAAUAUUUUUUUUUGUAUUUGCUUCGGCUUCCUAUUCCAUGGAACAUUGGGAUAUUUUGGACUAACGGGCAGCGGUACAUCACCGCUGGAAAAGUUCAAUCCAAAUGACUUAAUUGCGUCGACCAAGGAUUCGUUGGGCGGAAUAGUCAAACAGAUUCCACAGUCAAUACCGACGCCGCAAACUAUUUUAUCGUUUGGAAAGAAUAUGCUGGCUGGGGUGCCCGUUCAAUUAGGAUUUGAAGUUAUAAAUCAGGCGUGCUCGGCUGCGAUCACUCAAAAACAAGUGAAACCGAAAUAUUUGCCCGACGUAACCAAGAUGAACUUCCAGCUGAGAACCUGCCGCGGUGAAUACCUCAUACCAAUCCAAACACCGGAAAAAUUGUUGACCCAUCCGGAAUUCGAUUUGUCAUUGAAAACCGCAUUGCUAGUUACCGGUUGGUUUUCCAACAUAAAUUCGACAAUGGAAAAUGAUGCGCUGGAAACCGUAUGGGAAGCGUACAAGUGCAGAGGCGAUACAAACUUUAUUGCAUUGGACACUGCUGCCUACGUUGACUCGUUGUACACAUGGUCUGCUUUCAAUACGGACGAGAUUGGUAAAAUCGUUGCCAAAGGACUUGUUGAAUUGUUGAACGCCUAUCCGAAGGAACAACUCCAUUUGAUUGGGCACAGUCUGGGAGCUCAUAUCGUCGGCGCAAUUGGCCGUUAUUACAAUGAAUUUACAUCGACAUUGUUGCCACGCAUCACCGGUCUGGAUCCAGCAUCGCCGUGCUUUAACGAAGGCGAAAAUUUGAACAGUUUGUCUCGUGGCGAUGCUGCCGUUGUCGAUAUUAUACACAGCAACAGUGGUGUGUUGGGAAAGAAGGAGCCUGUCGGCGACGCUGAUUUCUAUCCGAAUGGAGUCAAUCCACUGCCACCGGGAUGCUUGUCGAUUAUUUGCGCUCAUGCUCGGGCCUGGGAAUUUUAUGCAGAAUCUGUAUAUCCGGCCAAUCAAAACGCAUUUUUGGCUACGAAAUGCAAUUCGAUCACGUCGCUGAACAGUGGAAAAUGUGCGGGAAAACGGAUCGCCAUGGGUUAUGCUUGUCCGAUUGGUGCGAAAGGAAAUUUCUUCUUAAAUACGAGGUCGAGAAGUCCAUUCGGAGAACAGGGAUUAAGGGAAUCGGAAAUUGUUUGCUCGAAAUGCACGCAUGCAACGACGAAGUGAUUAUUUUCAUGUAAAAUGACCAAUUGACAAAAUACAAUUUCGUAUUCCUCC